AUGCCUCCUUUUCUUUUCCUGUGCCCGAUGUACCGCACGGCACCUCAGAUUCUCUUUCAGUUUGUGGGUGGCCUGAGCAUCACCCAGUACGCCUACCCCGUGCUCUACGACGCCUUCACCGCCGAGAAGAGCGAUCCCCAUGCCGCCACUGUCGCCAUGCCAAGCAACAGCGGCAGCUUCUCGGGGCUAUGGGGGAGCGUGAGGUGGAGCUUCCGAGCCCCCCCAGUGGAUAGAGCCCUCUCAGAUGACGUCGCGGAGCUCCUGCGCACUCACUGCUGGUUCGCGUCAGCAGUCCUAUUGCUCACGGUAGUAUCUGGGGGCGCGCCGUCGCUGCUGGGGAGCGGGCUCAGCGUGUACUGCAACGGAGGCCCCGAGGGAAAGGCGCGCUACUCCCGGUUGAAGCAGCAACUCCGCAACUUUUCCGAGAAGGGCAAUCAGGUAUAG